AUGAGUAUUCGAAUACUGUGUCAGGGAGUAGAACUACCGUCAAGUCCAGUAGCGUUACAAGUGUUGAAACCGGCAACGUCAGAAGCUCUGACAUACGGCGGCCGAACGAUCACUUCUACCAGCAACAGCAACUACCAAUCAUACGACGAUAAAAACGACAACGACUACAUGGAUUACUAUCCACCACCUGAUAUUGGACAAGUCUCGUUUUCGGGCCUCAGCGAACCGUGCUCCAUCGGUUCCAUCGUUGAAGUUGUGAUCAAUGCACACGGCGAUUCAUCAUCUGGUUCGGUUCUGGUUGAAGCAGUUUCGCCAUCAGGUCGUCUCAAAAAAUGCCAAGUGUUGAAGAAAGGAAGUGUUUUUGCAGCCACAUUCACGCCAAACGAAGUUGGCGAAUGGCAAAUUGGCAUAAUGUACGACGGCGAUCAUAUACGUGGCUCACCGUUUUCCUGUAAAGUUUACGAUGCUAAUCUUAUUGAGGUGCAUGGUUUGGAUGUUGGGCUUGUGGGUCAAGAGCUAAAAUUCACAGUAGACGCAUCACAAGCCGGCGAAGGAUAUCCUAAAGUACUUUUUUUUAGUGUAAUUCAAAUGCAUGAGUUUCUAAUUUAA